GAGCUGGUCCCCACCAGCAAUAGCAAUAAUGUGGUUUCUCUCAUUCGGCUUAUUGAAAUGUUGCUUAGUGACGCGGUGGAGAAGGAGCCUACCAGUCCACACAUCCGCAAAUGGAUUAUGGUUGGUCUGAUGUUUUUAUCUUUUCACUUCUUUGAGCAAACUGUUUGAGUUAUUUCACUCCACUUGAAUUGAAUCCAUAUUUAGUAGUGUAGCUGGGGGGGGGGCGCCCCUGAUAGCACUUACCUUGGAGGUGGCACACUAGAGCCCAAGGUGACAUGCAAGUCCAGGAGCCCCAGAGCCCGGCACACUGCUCCCAAAAGCAGUGCGGCCUGGGGCUGGGCUUGCAGCGCUCUGGGCUGCUGUAUCUCUCCCAGCCACCAGAGGGCAGCUGAGAAGGACACAACUGGCACCCACCCGCCACCUCCCCCUCAGCUGCCCUUCAGCUGAAGGGCGCCCUGCAAGAACAUGGUGGCUCGGGCUCCAGCCCCACACUGCUUUUGCAAGCAGUGCUGGUGCACACACACCACUUCCCCCUCAGCCGCCCUCCAGGUGGAGGGUGCUGGGACACAGUUCUGGCAGGGCACCCUGCCCUACCAGCUUGCUCUGCCCUCAUGGGCAGUCUGCACAUCUGCCCCAGGCACCCUAGCAGCUUCCUAUGCCACUGUCCAUAAUUGACAUGAGUUAUGUUUCUCUCACAAGAUUCUCAUGCUGGAGGAAGGAGUAGAGGUGUGUUUUGCUGAUUCUGUCUCCUCUGCACACCCUGAAAAGCUGCUGCACCUGUGGACCUUCUGGAACAGCAUAUGGUGUGGUGCUUGGGGCUGCAGUGGGAAGGUAGAAUCUGCAAAAGUGCCUUCAGUUAGCAGGUUGCCUUCCUUGGCUCUCAGGGCGUUCCACAAAGUGACAAGCCCUUCUAUUCACAGAAGGGCAAAUCUAGAUCCAGCCUGCAAGAGAUUCUGAAAUGGGUAGCUUAUGGGUAAACAGAUGUACAAUUGCAGUCCCAAUAAGUUUAUUAAGUAAGUCCCACUAAGUUCAAUAUCCAGAAAACUGGCUGGAGGAUUGCAUCCUCAAAAUACUAUUUUCGCUAUAGAUAAAUAGUAUAACUUUAAAGCCUUUCAAGUGAGAUUUGCCAUGAGUACAUCAUCGUCCUCAUAAUUUCUUUCUCUUUUAAAAAUGGAAGGGUUGUUUUGCUUUUGCUACGGUCUGGUCCAUUGGUGGAACCUGUGAUGGUGAUGGUCGGGUUCUGUUUGACGCCUUUAUGAGGGAUAUUAUAGCAGGGAAGAUGGACAAACAUCCGAUGCCUGCAGCUGUGGGGAAAUGGGAGCAUCCGUUUGAAGAGAGAGGCUUGGUGUAUGAUUUCAUGUUUGAGGUACGGAAAAAUUUAUAUAAUUAUUAACCAGUAUUUGAAUUUCUUAAAUAUUUCAUUAGGAAUGAAUAGCUGUUGAAAGCCAUAGAAUUUGAAAACAUGAAGCUGCGUUAUACACCUAUAUAUGGUACAUCCACAAAAGAUUUGCCUUCAAAUAUAGGCAUAGCCAGGAUUUACUUUAGGGGGGGCAGGCUAUGUUUGUGGGGGGAACAGAACUGAUUUAUCUGCAAUGCAAUUGGUCAGUUAAGUAUUUUUAUAAAUUUAUUUGAUGGGGGGGAGCUGCCCCCCCAGCUUUGCCCAUGCCUUCAAAUGGCUUUGCAUUACCUGGGAACUGCAUGACACAUACAGUUGGAAACACUGUAUGGUAUCAGUACAUUCCCACUGUUUGCAUUAAAAGCAGUUAGAAGAGGGCUCAUGGAUUUGAUGCAUGGGCCUCUUGAUCUGCACUUUCCUUAACAAUGAAAUAUGUAUGUAUGUUUAUGUUUACAUAUAAACAGGACUGCAUAAUAGAAGCAAGGUUGCUGAAUUAUGUGCCUGAAUAAUUACUGCUGUGUUGUAUCUGUGUUAAAUAAACCUAAUAAAUUGCUAAAAUAUUGCUUACAUUUAUUUUUAAAUAGAUAUUUUGCAAAAAGGGCUAGAAGUACAUUGCUGCUGCCGCCUUCUACAAGAAACCCAAUGAGACAGGAGAGAAACAAAAGAAAAGUCUCUUCCUCCUCUUUCCCUUCCUCCUUGUUUUUGCAAUAUGCAAUAAUGAGGAAUGGCUACAAAUAGAGUGCGGAGACAAUAGAUGUACCUUUCCCUUUUUGUUUUGUAGCACAAAAAGCCUUAAUAAAAACUUUUUUAAAAAAAACACAAGUCAGCUUGCAAGGCGGAGGCUUUAUCUUCUUUCCUUCCUUUUCUCUGCAGAGUUAAGAAAGGAAAGGUUUUUGGAAGUAGCACAAGCACUAGUUUGCUGCUUCUUGCAAAAACUGAAGAGAACGAGACUUCUCAUCCUUUUCUUCACAGAGAAAAAAGGGUAUUUCCUCCUUCCAACUGGGUUUUUGCAAGGAAGCUGCAGUGAGGCCAAAGCUCAGUUUGAAUAAGUGAAAACACAUUUCUUUUCCUCUUUGGGGAAGGAGGAAUUUAUUAUUUAUUAAUUCAUUGCAUUUGUAUCCCACCCUUUUUCCUCCAUAGAGCUCAAGGUGGUAGACAAAGUUCUGCUCCCCAUUUUACCCUCACAGCAACCCUGCAAGGUAGGUUAGGCUGUGAGAGUAAGUGUCUGGCCCAAGCUCACCUAGGGAGUUUCAUGUGGAUUUGAACCCUAGUCUCUCCCAGCUGCUAGUCCAACACUCCAACUAAUACACCACUGUGCUUUAUGUCAAGUAAGGCUUUUAUAUAAACACAGCUGUGCACACCAUAUGUAGAAGGAGCAAGAAAGAGAGUGAGCUUAUUGAGCCCCAGUACUAAAUAUUAUUACUUGUUAGGAAAUUCAAAAAUAUAUUGCAAUUUACCCUAAAUAUGUAGCAAAUUAUAUUUUUUAAAAAAUUCAUUUUUAUUAAAUUUUCCACUUUAACAAUCCAAUCAAAUCACAUUAAAUAUUCCAAAUUAUACAUAUGCAUAUAAAAUAAUCUGAAUAUUCUGCCAAAUUAUAAUUUUUAAUAGGACUUCCCAUGCUUCAAGUUCGGAGGGUACAAUGUUAUACGUCUAUAAUGCUGAUAAUUUUGAAACCAUUGCUUUGAGAUUCAAUUAAAUGUUUUAAAACAACUAAAUGCUAAAAGCAUCAAGUUCUAGUGAAACAAUUUUGAAUAUAUUUUAACCGUACCAUAUCAUUUGCAAAACUUUAUUUCUGCGUUUCUUCUUAGAUGAAAGGCAAGGGCCGUUGGAUGCAUUGGAAUGAAGCCAUUAAAAGUAUCAAUUAUAAUGAUAAAAAUCUUAAGGUUCAAGACAUUAUAGUCCCAACAAUGGACACAGUGAGAUAUACCUAUUUGAUGGAAUUGUGCAUUAAAUAUGGAAAGUAAGAAAAAUUGCUUCCUAUAAUAGUGAAAAUGUUUUCAUUGUUCAUGAGAUCAUACUAUUCUAAUAAUGUUAUUAAUACUCCAAGAAAUACUCUAAGAAAUAAAACCCCCAGAAAAACAAUCCUCUUAGAUUUGUGUCCAGCUGGGGUUUUUGUAUGCUCCUUAAGUUUCCAUAAUAAUAAAUUGGGGUUAAUUCUGAGAAUUGUCAUCAAGAAGUAGGGUGCUAAGUUUCUUUGAAUUGUUCCCAACUGCACUUUUUAGUAUGUAUAUUCCAGCUCAAAGCCAUGGCUCUUGCCCAAGAUCUAUGUGAAAAGUUUCCCAUUUGCUGAAAUAAAUGCUAUAGAUGCACACAGCACGCAGUUGAAGCUAACUGAUUGUUUCAUAUUUAACCCCGGUUUAAUGUUGGGGCUUAAAUGCACUGAUCCAUCUUAUUCAAGCUGUGCAGACUACUUGGGAUCCCUGCUGAUACACACACACACACACACACACAUACACACACCAGACAAAUUGGGCCAUUAUAAGAAUUAAGAUGUGGAAUAAUUGGAUGGCUCAAACUGGACUUUGAAAAACAGUAAAAAAAAGAAGUGCUAGAUGAAUAUGUUUGUGAAGAGUUUCAUGAUUUGUUUGCCGCCACCAAAAAGGCCCUCUACCUGACCUCCAAAGUGGAAGUAUCCAGGUUCAUUUGAGGGAAAAGCAGCCCUUUGGAUACCACUGUUUAUGGCUUUAAAGGUAAACUAUCACUUUGCAUUGUGUCUCAAAAGUAAGUGACACAAGUUAAGAGUUUAGAAACAUUAAUCUACACUAGUCUGGUCUUAGAAAUAUUCUUUAUAAUUUUAUAAUUCUCAGUUAUAAACUCUGAAAUACUUAUUGUUCAUAUAAAAAACCUUGAGUUGUGAAUAAAAUUACGGGGACCAACUCUGUAAUAUAAUUCAGGAAUUGUAGCUAAGAGUCUUUUGCCUAACAUAUACUUCUACAUCCCAUUUUAUUUAUAGUUGUUCUCUUACAUUUCUGUGAUUUUAGCUAUAUAUUUAUGCAAACAGAAAAAUGUGAUAUGUUUAUAAAUCGCUGUAAAAAUGCUACCAUCAACAGUCUUUAUUUGUUGAGAAUUUCCAAGAAUUAUGUUUAAUUUCCAAACAAUAUGUCUACACUAAUGAGAAACUAAUACAAAUAUAUGAAUUUCUUUCCAAGACCGCUGCUUUUUGUGGGACCAACAGGUACUGGAAAAUCUGUAUAUGUGAAGGACAAGCUAAUGAACCAUGUAGAAAAGAAUCUCUACUUUCCAUUCUUUGUUAAUUUUUCUGCUCGAACCAGUGCCAACCAGACUCAGGUUGGUAAAAAUAAACAGCAGACUGCUUUUGAUGCAAAUGGGCCCUCGGGCAGUUUACAACUGCAUAUUUCAUUAUAUAAUAAAAUUGUAAGGCUGUUGUCAUGCUGCAGUUUGUAUGGCUGUCAGCAUGCGGCCAUGGCAACUCCUCUGUGACAACAGACCAGCAGGCAGACGAGCUAGCAAGCAUGGUUGGGGAGUAGGUGAAUGCAAUCAAUAUAAAUUAAUAGAAUAAACUUACCUUUAGACACACUUGUAUUUAUUAUAGAAUACAUGCUAGAAUUUGAUGGAUUGGAUUCAGAGAAAAGCAUGGAUAACAAGCUGGCAGAAGCUGAUUUUCCUGCUCCCUUCUCUCUCCAAUAGAUCCCACAAUAUUCCCCUGAGGGCUGCUGAAUGGGGUGGGAGGAUGAACAAACUUCUGCGAGUGGGAGGCAGUAAAAAAGUUGGCUUUCACCAACCCCAUUAUGCACACUUCCCUCUGGAAACAACAUUAACUGUUCUUUUGAAUGAGCUGGUUUUAAUCCUUAAGAAAUAUGUUAUGCUUUUGAAUUUUAGAACAUUAUUAUGGCCAGGCUUGACAAGAGACGGAAAGGAAUAUUUGGCCCACCUAUGGGAAAGAAGUGUAUAAUCUUUGUGGAUGACAUGAAUAUGCCUGCAUUAGAACAGUAUGGAGCACAGCCUCCUAUUGAACUUCUGAGACAGUUUUUUUGACCACGGCAUCUGGUA